CGGGACCGGAAGUCAUUACAACAGUAUUUUGAAACAUGGCGGCGAACGAUGUUUAUACUGGUCGGAUAAGAUGGUCUGAGGAUAUGGAAGAUUUACUUGUAGACUGGUGGCAGCAGUUUGAAUGUUUGUACAACGUGUCGUCGGAUACUUAUCACAACAAAGCCGAGAAGGAGAGGUGCUGGGAGGAGAUAGCGACGGCUCUGGAUCUGCCCGUGGAGGAGGUGAAGGUGAGGGCGACCACUCUCAGGACUCAGUACUCCAGACUCCUGAAGCCGCUGCGCAGUGGGAGGAAGAGUAAAGCCAUGACACCGAGGCAGAAGAGGAUCCUGAUGUCCCUGAGGUUCCUCAGAAAACACGUCGUCCCCCGCUCCACUGAAAGCGCCCUUGACCAGUCAGAGCAGAACAGUGAUGACGGCGACCCAGAGAGCACAGCUCUCUCCCUGGACCUUGACUCUGGCAGGUCACACUCACCUGCUGAGAGUGCUGCUAAUGCUCGGACCACCUGGACUGUGGAAAAAGAAGACAGGUUUUUAGAACUGUGGCAGCAACACGAAUGUUUGUACAACUUGUCUGCUGACAAGUUUUACGACAAGAUGGAGAGGGAAAAGAAAUGGGCUGAAAUCGCUGCCCUUUUGGAGCUUCCAGUUGAGGAUGUAAAGACGAGGGCCUGCACACUACGGACUCAGUAUUCCAGACUGGUGAAACCACAGGGUUCUGGGAGGAAAAAAAAGCCCUUGACCCUGAGACAGAAGAGGAUCCUGAGGUCCUGUGAAUUCCUCAAAAAACACAUCAGCCAUCGCUCCACUGAAAGCAACCUCAAAGAGUCAAUAAAAGAUGAGCCGAGGACACAGGAGGACAGCAGUGACAGCGAGCCUGAGAAUACAGCUCUGUCCCAGGACCUUGACGGUGGGGCGUCACCUUCACCCACUGAGAGCUCCUCCGUUUCACCUCCUCCUCCUCAGCUUGCCAGAAAACAUUCCAAAAACCAAAACAGCAAUGACAUGGACACGCAGAAAAUUGCUCUGCUGCAGCACAUGAUAGAUGUUAUUCAGGAGACAAGCAGGGAGCCACAGAGAGACUGUGAGGACUCGUUUGGUGUCACUGUCGCAAUGGAACUGAAGAGGAUACGAAACCCCACGCUGAGGAAUAGAGUCAAAAGACAAAUAAUGACUAUACUGUAUGAUGCUCUUGACUCUGAGCAGGCGACAGAUCCAGUAUUGUACCAGUCCUCGCACAGUUUCCCAAGGGACGAUGCCCACUCCAUAACUGUGGUCAUACCUUAACAUCUCACCUGUAUGAGACAGAAGGACGUGAAAUUAAGCAACAUACAUGUAUGUUUAAUCGUCUCGUUGUCUUAAAGUCCUAAAUCAUUUUGUUACGUUUUCCACUACCUUUUGUUUAUAUUGAAAUAUAUACAGUAACAACACUGUGUGGCAUUUACCUUCACAGCAGCUGACUGAUAUUUGAGCAUCAGCACUGCAAGGAGGUGUAGAGUCAGCAGGUGUGGUGGUGCUGCUGUGAUCAAACUGUGUAUCUGUGUGGAUAUAAGUGUGGAUAACACAUCUAGCUUUCAGUUGGAGAGCUGCUGCUAACAGCUAGUGAUAGCUAGCAGGUGUUGGAUAGUGAGCUUUGCUGGUGCUGGUUGGUGGACAUUUGAACUUUUGUUUCCCUCUAAUCCCAGUCUUUAUGCUAGGCUAAGAUAAAACAGUCGAUUUGUUGGGCCAGUUUCCACGAGGAAGAAGAAUGCGUGGAUUAAAACUCUCUUAAUUUUUAA